GCGGCCGCUCCUCUCCCCACCUCGCCCCAUCCGCCGCUCCCGCAACAAGGCGGCCUAACAAAAAGAGACCUACCACUCCUCCGCCUGCGCUUCUUCCCUCCGCUGCGGAAAGCCGAACCGCCCGCGCUUCUUCCCCCUUCCUCGCCUACGCACGCCUCCCUCAUCUUUGCCCUCGUUAAAUUUUCCGGUUUGCAUCGUCGUCGUCGCCGUCUCCCUCCCACGGAUUGAUUGAGACUUGAGUGGCAUGGCUGCUGAAUGUGGAAGUGGCAAUUGUGAAGCUUGGGCCGCGAGAGAUCCUUCUGGUAUCCUCUCCCUGUACAAAUUCAACCGCAGGGCUGUACAAAGCGAUGAUGUUUCCGUGAGGAUCACACACUGUGGUGUCUGUUAUGCUGAUGUUGCAUGGACACGGAAUAUACUUAACAAUUCGAUGUACCCUUUAGUCCCUGGGCAUGAGAUAGCUGGAGUUGUAACUGAGGUUGGUGCAGACGUCAAGAAUUUCAAAGUGGGUGACCAUGUAGGUGUUGGCACAUAUGUGAAUUCAUGCCGGGACUGUGAGAACUGCAAUAGCUCUCUUGAGAACUACUGCUCAAAAGGUGUCUUCACUUUCAAUGGAGUUGACACUGAUGGCACUGUCACAAAGGGAGGAUAUUCUAGUCACAUAGUAGUACAUGAUAGGUACUGCUUUAAAAUUCCUGAUGGCUACCCUUUGGAAAAGGCAGCACCAUUACUUUGUGCUGGCAUUACUGUAUAUACUCCAAUGAUGCGGCAUAACAUGAACCAACCAGGAAAAUCACUUGGCGUCAUUGGACUUGGUGGUCUCGGUCACAUGGCAGUAAAAUUUGGGAAAGCCUUUGGACUGAAAGUAACAGUUAUUAGUACUAGUGAAUCAAAGAGAAAAGAAGCUAUUGACCUUCUUGGUGCAGAUAAUUUCGUGCUCUCAUCAGAUAAAAAUGAGAUGGAGUCGCUGAAAAGUUCCCUGCACUUCAUUAUUGAUACUGCCUCCGGUGAUCACCCAUUCGAUCCUUAUCUCUCACUACUGAAAGUCGGUGGUGUAAUGGCACUGCUUAGCUUCCCAAGUGAAAUCAAAGUGCAUCCUGCAAACCUUAAUCUUGGUGGGCGGAGUUUAUCUGGUAGUGUAACAGGAGGUACAAAGGACACCCAGGAGAUGAUAAACUUCUGUGCUGCAAACAAAAUCUUCCCAGAUAUCGAGAUGAUCAAGAUAGACUACGCCAACGAGGCACUUCAGAGGCUUGUGGACCGGGAUGUGAGGUUUCGCUUUGUGAUCGACAUUGAAAACUCUUUCAAGUAGUAUUUUCACAGUUCAGACCAUUAGGUAACUAAAAGAAAUGUGUGCAAUAAUAAUGUUGAAAUAUUCUACAUCACGACUGUUGAGGACAUGAGAGAUAGUUCCAGAAUAAAAUGUUCCAGGUUAACAGGAAACAGUUUGGUGCUGUUUCCAGUUACUUGUAAUCACAAGAUUCUCCCUAUAGAACCUCUUGUCUGCUUGUGGGUUGCACCAACAGGCGCUAGAGCCAAUACCAGUUUUUAUUGUUAUUUUUUUUUCUCAGGGCUCCUUCGAACGAAGGAAU